UGUCAAGAAGAAUUUCCAACCCAUACCUUGAACAUACUCCUUCCCAGAUUUAUGGAGAGAAUUCUUCUUGUGCGGGAAGAGCAUUGAGGAAUAUUAUUAUUGUUCAGGCAGCUGACCUGGUAAAGGACAGAGUGAACCUCAAGGGGUUUUACAGGAGAAGCUGUGUUGGGUCAGAGCUGGUCGACUGGCUUCUAGAGCACUGUCCUUUUGUUCCGUGCAGAGCUAUGGCCAUAGGGGUCUGGCAGCUCCUUUUGGACAUGGGGAUUAUGUCAUCAGUGGACCAACAUCUCUACUUUCAAGAUAAUUAUGUUUUCUAUCAGUUUUCAUCUGAUGAGUGCAGCUACUUGUACUGUGAAUUUGAGAGAGAAGAAGAAUGGCAGAAUGGUGUCAAACUUCUGCUGCAGCUUGUGCCUCUCAUUCCUGCCAGGGCUGGCAUCUGUGAGCUGUCUCAUCAGAAAAUUGAAGAUGCCGAAGAAAGCAGUGAUGAAAUCCUUGCUCGUCUAACGUCUGCGGUGCAGAGAGAGCUAGCAGCUGUUAUUGCUUUGAAAGCAAGGAAGUCUGCACUUGAACAAGAUGAUGAAGACAAUGAUAAACAUGUACCUGUAACAGAAGCCGAAGGUGUUCCGGAUUCUCAGGCUGGGGUGAUGUGCAAGCUUCAAGAGAGAGAUGACAUUGGACGCAUUGAACUGGUCCAGAAGCUGGCAAGAGAAAACUGUCAGUUUUUGCAGACAGACAAAAAAGAACUGGAGAAGUCUGAACACCAAGAUGAAGUGACGACUCUUCAGGUUAAAGAGCAAGACCAGACUGUCCUGGUGCUGAAAAAAGCGCAGGGCUGUGGCCCAGCCCCCGCCGCCGCUGGGAGCGCAGAGAGCGAUUGGAGAUAUGUGGUGGUGUCCGGGACCCCGGAGAAGAUCUUGGAGCACCUUUUGAAUGACUUGCACCUGGAGGAAGUCCAAGACAAAGAAACAGAGACCCUCCUCGAUGAUUUCCUUCUCACGUACACUGUCUUCAUGACGACUGAUGACUUGUGCCAGGCGCUGUUAAGGCACUAUUCUGCUAAAAAGUAUCAAGGCAAGGAAGAAAAUUCAGAUGUUCCUUGUAGGAAACGUAAAGUCUUGCAUCUGGUUUCUCAGUGGAUUGCUCUGUACAAAGACUGGCUUCAUGAAGAUGAACACUCAAAAAUGUUUUUAAAGACCAUAUAUAGGAAUGUACUGGAUGAUGUCUAUGAAUAUCCAAUACUUGAAAAAGAGUUAAAAGAAUUUCAAAAGAUUCUUGGAAUGCAUCGUCGUCACACUGUGGAUGAAUAUUCACCACAAAGGAAGAAUAAAGCCCUUUUCCACCAAUUCAGUCUGAAGGAGAACUGGCUCCAGCAUAGAGCAACUGUGGCGGAAACAGAGGAAAUUUUUUGCCAUGUAUACAUAACGGAGCACUCCUAUGUCAGUGUGAAGGCAAAGGUUUCCAGUACAGCCCAGGAGAUCCUGAAGGUCGUAGCGGAAAAAAUCCAACAUACAGAAGAGGAUCUGGCUCUGGUGGCUAUCACAUUCUCUGGGGAAAAGCAUGAGCUUCAGUCAAAUGACUUGGCCAUCUCCAAAUCCCUUGAAGCGUCUGGUAGGAUAUAUGUCUACCGGAAGGACCUGGCGGACACCUUGAAUCCCUUUGCAGAAAAUGAGGAAUCACAGCAAAGGUCUAUGAGGAUUUUGGGAAUGAACACUUGGGAUCUUGCUCUGGAAUUAAUGAAUUUUGAUUGGAGUCUCUUCAAUUCAAUUCAUGAGCAAGAGCUGAUCUACUUCACAUUCAGCAGACAGGGAAGUGGGGAGCACACCGUAAACCUCAGCCUGCUGCUCCAGCGAUGCAAUGAAGUCCAGCUAUGGGUGGCCACGGAGAUUCUGCUUUGCAGCCAGUUGGGCAAGCGAGUGCAGCUGGUGAAAAAAUUCAUCAAAAUCGCAGCUCAUUGCAAAGCCCAGAGAAACCUGAAUUCUUUCUUUGCUAUUGUGAUGGGUCUCAACACUGCUUCUGUCAGCCGACUGUCGCAGACCUGGGAGAAAAUCCCUGGGAAGUUUAAGAAACUUUUCUCUGAACUGGAAAGUUUAACAGACCCUUCCUUAAAUCACAAAGCCUACAGAGAUGCAUUCAAAAAGAUGAAGCCACCAAAAAUCCCUUUCAUGCCCUUAUUGCUUAAAGAUGUAACAUUUAUUCAUGAAGGAAAUAAAACAUUUUUGGAUAAUCUUGUCAAUUUUGAAAAACUGCACAUGAUUGCAGACACCGUGCGGACGCUGAGACACUGCAGGACGAACCAGUUUGGAAGUGACAUGUCUCCGAAGGAGCAUCACGAGCUGAAGUCCUAUGUUACCCACCUGUAUGUCAUCGACAGCCAGCAGGCCCUGUUCGAGCUCUCCCACAGGCUCGAGCCGAGGGCGUGAGAUGCCACCUGCCUCCUGCGACUGCUGCGCUUGAGCCACAGGAAGGUCUCUGCCCAGCAUGUUGCUUCCUGUGAGAAAAGAAGUUGCUGAGUUUUAUCAGCACACCACAAGACGUGCACAGGAAAGGCAGCCAGCGCGUGUUCAGGAAGUGAUCUCAGCCGCCAGGGAUGGGAGAGGCCCCUCCGUGAUGCUGUUGGAGCAAGAAGGAAGGAAGAGCUGGCAGCGUUCUUGGAACAGAGAGGCCUGGUUUCUUAUCAUCAGUUGCUGAUCUGGUCCGGGUUUCAAUUUGAGAGGUGCUGGCGUUGGUAGGAGAAAACACAGCCUGACACACAGUGAACAGAUAUUUCAAUAUGAGUGUGCCUGCAGCGGGAAGACAGUAGAUUACUGCCUUUAGGUCAUCAGAAGAUGGUGAACAUCCAAGACAGCGAGGGCGUCUCAAGACAUCCAGGCAGGGGGAGAUCUCUCUCCAUCCAACUCUGACAUCGCAAAAGCCACGUGAGUCUGGUCCUGCUCCACUGUGCAGGUGUGAGAUGUCAAGGCGCGCACUUCUUUGCAUCCACAAUCACUUACAAAGUGUGACUGCAGGUGCGGUUAGCAUCUGUACAGCUGCCUGCUUCUAUAGGCGAGGUAGACAUAGUUGCUUUGCCAGGAGGGAAAAAGAGCCGUCUUGAAGCAGUUGACUCCUUGUUUAAUUCCUGGGGAUUUUCUGUCAUGUUUGUAAGCAGGAGCGUAUUGUUCACUGUGCACAGUACGACCUUCCGUAAGUGCCCAGUGCCUGAUACACUGUACGUGCUCAGGAACAGCUCAUGGAGGUGAGAAUCACAAACAUUGGUGUUCUGUGUCUCAUGAGGCCCUAGUGUUUUGCAGCCCUCACACACGCGCGCUGCCUGCGGGAUGGAGUGAGAACAGCCCAGCGAGGCAGAGAAGCUGCAUGUGUGAAGCGCUCAGCGCUAACAAGAGUGAGGUGAUAAGGAUAGUGAUUACCAGUCUUUGCGCAAGUGAAACGUGCCCAGAAAUAUCCAGAUGUCUGACUUACGCUGGAGACUUAGGAGUCCUCUAGUCCGUUUCCCAGGCAAAGCAGGAACACUCGCUAUGAUUUGCCAUUUUGCUUUUUUCCCCCAGCAUCUUAGUUUUGUGAGUCUUUCAGAUUCCCAUUUUUACAAAUUGAGCCUCCUCUAGCAAGUAAGACUUCUCACUCUUCUCAUGGACUGGUUAGAGGGUUUCCUUCAGGUGAUCAAAAAAGACCGCGUUAAAAUAAUCCAGUCAUUCCUGAUAGCUAAAUACUUGUCACUGGCUAAAAUGCAAGGUCCUGCUCCUUGGGAAAAUGCAGCCCUUCCUUUUCUAACCGUGCGAACCGGCUGUACUUCUCACGUUCCUGCUCAGUGGUCUGGCAGGUAGGAACCGGCGCAGGCCUGCUUCCUUUUUGUGUCGUCAGCACCUCGCUCAUCCUGCUUCCUGAGGUGUGUCCACUGCUUUGGAUGCCUUUACAGCAGUGGUGUUCCCUGGGCUCAGGGGCCACAGUGAGCUUGAGGCAGUGCUGGAACGAACCAUGUGGAGGGCAUUUCUGAUAGGACUGUCAGAGAGAGACGGUCUGGCUCAGCGCAUAAAACUUCAUUCCCAAACAUGUAUAGGGAUUUAUAGGAAUGCUCCAUCCACAGCUGGUCCACUCAGAGAAAUGCAUCUGCCGGUAGUCAGUGAGACCUGCUGGAGAGGACAGAGCCACAGAAUCAGGAAAGAGACGCUCCUGAUGGGCAAGCAGGCUCUCAGAAAACCCUCCCUCGGCAAUGACUGAGGACAGCGUGGGCUUACGGCACACCCGCCCGUGUGUGUCUUUUCUUCAAGCUAGUGAUCAGGGUUUGACUGGUAUGAUCACAUGAGGCCGUUUUGACAUUAUCUCUGUUUUACAGUUUGAUGUAUUUACAUUGGAUUCGCAUUUCAUCAAGUAGAGUAUUGCCUUUAAAGGACUAAUUUUCACUGGAAAGUUGUUUCAGCGGAGCAGCACAUCUAAACCCCAGUUUAGAUGUGUACACUUCCCCACACAGAGCCGCAUGUACGCAGUGCCUGAACACAUUUUGGGUGGCUGUUAGUGUGUCCGGCGCAUGAUGAGUGGAAACGGAAGAGUGGUACUUGUCAACCUUUCGCUUGAGAGUGAAAGAAAGGGAGGCUUUUGUUCGUUUUGGAUUUGCUUUGCCAUCCCUGUCUUCUGAACAUCUAAAACCUUUCAGUGUUUCUGAAAUUUAACAACUGUUUCUAUAGAUCUCCCAGGCAGAAUUACGGGAACCAGAUUUUGCUACAUAGAAAGCUCUCCCUGAGGACGAGCAGCUGUCUGGGGGCCCGCAGGACUCGGGCACACCCUGCGGGGGUGGGGGUGGGGGAAGGAGUGGGCCCAUACCCUGUCCAGAUGCUCACCGAGACCUCUGCAGAAUCCACUUUGUUCUGACUAGAAGGGUGGACAGGAAUGUGUCUAAGCCCAUUCCCCACUAGCCUUUGGGAGUUCUAUGAUUGCACAAAAUCUCCAUCUCUUCGGAAAAUCGUCACCAAAAGGUCUUGCACAGGUGCCUCCACGUGAGUUCUUUCUCUUAUAGCACAGCUCCCCAGCAGUCCUGUGGGCCUUUGUUUUUUUGUUUUUUUGGUUUUUUGGAUGUACUAACAUUGUGGCAAGGCAGCCCUGCCUAGCAGUUAGUGCAGGAUAGUAGAACCCUUAUUCCUGCUGACAAAAUUGCAACUUUUCCCUUUUUUUAAAAAAUUAUUCUGUACACAUUUGCAGAUGUUCUGUAGACUACAUGUUUUAUAUUCACUCAGUUAUGGGUUAUAUAAUUGCCAAGUGGUUGUAGUCAUGCAUACUAUAACCUACAUUCAGUUUUUUUCGUAUCCUUAAUUAUGUUUAGAAUAAAUUCAUUUUGCUAGACCAGCAUCCUCAAGCGGAUAGUAUGGCACGUACACUGAAUUUAGAAGCGUGAGAAUAAACACCUCAUCUCUGUGCGGGGAAGAAUGGGAGAGAGAAUGCUGGAGACAACUCCUGAUCCCAGAGCUGGCCUUUCCCUGCUGCCUGAACCCCAGCCCUGCAGUUUCGCUGUGGCCGACACACGCGCUGCAAACCCUGAAUUAUAUGGCACAACCACUCCAGGCUUCUCAGAAACUGGCAGAAAUACUCAAGCUUGGAAGAUCAAGUCUACUGCAAUUGCCUGACACAAGAUUUCAGCUGAAUGCUUCAAAGACAUGUCCUUAAAAUUUCAGCCUGCUUGUUAGUGAGCAGGCCGGGUCUGCUUCCGACUGGUAGGAGAAAAAAAGUUUUUAAAAAUUGCCAAAAAGUUAGAUGAAAAUGUACUACUGUAUAAAGCAAAGCUGUAUAUACUAAACAUUUUUUAGCAGAGUAAUAUUUAUUUGCAUAGCCUAUUUAUUGUAUUCAUAUUAUACUGUUAUUAAACACUGGGAUGAAAUUGAUGACCAGGAGCAAGGAAUCUUGCCUUUUAAUAUAUCACUGCUUAGGACUGCUGUGACAUCCUCAGCUUGCGUCAACAAUUAGAAGAUAGAAAACCCGCAGUCGGGGUGACUACCUAACUUCUCAGGGACUACACUUUACAGUUUUCAACCAUUAUAAGAACUGGUAAAUAUGAAACAUUUGUUGAAUUACCAGAAUUGCCAUUAACAGUGUUUCUUUUCUCAUAUUUCAUGCUUUCUGCCUCUGUAUAUAUGACCCUGCUGUGUAUUUAUCAAAGCUAGUAAGCAAUAAUUUAUAUGUAAAAAUGGCCAAGCAAUAUAAGGUUAAAACUUAUAUAAGUAACUGUUACUUUAUCUUGUAUUUUCAAGUGUUUUUUAAUUGCCUUUCCAAAUACAAGACUAUGUUAAAGAUA